AUGUUUGAACGCUCACUCGAGUCCCUCAUCAAAGGCUUUCGCUCCCACAGGGGCAAAGACGAGCCUAGAUAUCUGGCGAUCGUCCUCGCUGAAAUUCGUCAUGAAGUUCGGAGCGGCGACAUGGAAAUCAAGGCGGAGGCAAUCCUUAAGUUGAUCUAUCUGCAAAUGCUUGGCCACGUCUCGUCGCAAGCAGCGUUUCACGUCGUCGAAGUCAUGGCGUCGUCUCGAUAUCAUUUCAAGUACAUUGGCUAUCUCGGGGCUGCUCAGCUUUUGGAACCAGGUACAGACGUUUUGAUCCUUGCAACCAACCUCGUCAAAAAGGAUCUGACAUCUCGCUCAGACCUGGACACCAUUUCGGCCUUAUCUGGCUUUUCAUACCUUAUGACACCGGAUCUUGCACAACAUUUUACGAGUGAGAUAACAUCCAUGCUCAAUCAUAGCAAGCCAGUCAUUCGCAAGAAGGCAGUGAUCGCUCUGCACUCAAUCAUUACGCAUGACCCGAGCAGCCUCGACAAGGCUUGGACCAGGUUGCAAGAUCGCCUUGAAGACUCGGAUCCCGGUGUUGUGUCAGCGACUGUCAGCAUCCUAUGCGAGCUUGCACGAAAGGAUCCCAGGCCGUUCCUGCCUCUGUCACCGCAGCUAUUCCAGCUGUUGACCACGUCCACGAACAAUUGGGUGCUGAUAAAGGUCGUCAAGCUUUUCGGUGCCCUUAGUACCUGCGAACCGCGCCUCAGCAGACGUCUCCUUCCACCCAUCACCUCCAUCAUUGCCAGCACGCCAGCCAUGUCGCUACUGUACGAAUGCAUUCACACCAUCAUUGUGGGGGAUAUGUUGGCCACGAAUGAUGGCUACCAGCUUGCGCAGACGUGCGUGGAGAAGCUAGCGAAUUUCCUCGAUGAUUCCGAUCAAAAUCUGCGCUUCAUUGCUCUGGUGGCACUUAUCAAAAUUCUACCGACUCACCCGCAUCUUGUCGAGGUACAUCGUUCCGCCAUCACUCAGCUUCUAAAUGCUGAGGAUAGCACAGUCCGAUUGCGCGCUAUCACCUUGCUUACGGGUCUGUCCAACCGCAACAAUUUUGAAGAAUACUGCGCGACCCUUGAAAGCGCGCUUCGUUCCAUUAAUUCCACUAGCUCAACCGGCACUACACAGGAAGGUGGCAGUGCAGCGGCCGCCAAACUUCGGGCCGUCCUCGCGACCGCCGCUUCGGCAAAAGAGGUCAAUCCCCCAGAUGCUGCCGUUCAAACUUAUGCAGCGGUAGCUAACCGCAAUUUCAUCAAAGAGGUCUCCACAUGCAUUGCGGCGGUCGGCGCAAAGGAUAAUUACGCACGAGUGCAGAACUUCGAAGCAUACAUUGGCACUCUCUUGCGCUUGUACCCUGAUGCCGGCGCCCCUUUCCGCCGCAUGGCCGAGCGUCAGCUUGUCGACAUCCUACGACGAGAGUCGGUUGCCCAACCCUUGCCUGUCAAAGCCAAGCUUGGUGUCGAACGAGGGAAAGCGCUGAUAGAAUUUUGCAUGCUGCGUGCCAAAAUGUCGAUGCAGAGGGUUGCAGAUGUGUGA